AUGAACACAGAUAGCGGUGGGUGUGCUCGCAAACGUGCUGCCAUGUCUGUCACAUUAACAGCUGUGAAGAGAGUUCAGAGUUCUCCAAACCUAUUGGCCUCAGGGUCUGAUUCUCAGUCUCCGGAUUCAGCUUGGAGAUCUUACAAUGAUGGAAGUAGAGAGGCACUGAAUGGAGAUGCUAGCAGUUCAUCUCUUACAGCAAAAGGUUUUAGGAGCGUGCGGCCAAAUCUACAGGAUAAAAAAUCACCAACUCAGGCUCAGAUCACAGUGAAUGGGAACUCUGGCACUGCUGCCAGCCCAGUGAGUCACUUCCAAAGGCCUUUUUCCCCUUCUUCAGCUUACCCUCCACCAGCUUCGCUCAAUUCCAACAUUGUUAUCAUGCAGCAUGGCAGGAUGAUGGAGUCCACAGAGACGUACUCCCAGCAUGUUCAGAGUGUUGGCAGCAGCAGCACCGCCAGUACAAUACCAAUCUGUAGGUCCUCAGAAGAAGAAAAAAAAAUUACAGUCAUUAAAGCUCCACAUUAUGCAGGGAUUGGCCCGGUAGAUGAAUCUGGAAUCCCUACAGCAAUUAGAACGACAGUCGACAGGCCGAAGGAUUGGUACAAGACAAUGUUCAAGCAAAUCCAUAUGGUUCAUAAGCCUGAUGACGACACAGACAUGUAUAAUACUGCGUAUGCAUACGGUACUGGUAGCUACAGUCCAUCCUUCUCUGCUCAGGCACACCCAGCUGCAAAGACGCAGACGUACAGACCAUUGUCUAAAAGCGCUUCUGACAGUAGCUCCGAUGCCUUUAAGGUCUCAUCCCCUUUACCACCUCCACACGUGCCACCUCCGGUCCCACCACAUCGUCUGAGGGAAAGGUCUACACCAGAAAAAAAUGACUGGGAUCCCCCUGACAGAAAGGUAGAUACCCGCAAGUUCCGUUCUGAACCAAGGAGUAUUUUUGAAUAUGAGCCGGGAAAGUCAUCAAUCCUUGAACAUGAAAGACCGGCUUCCUUAUAUCAUCACUAUUCAACAGACAGAGGCCUGGACAGGCCCUCUAGUUCUGCAAGUACGGCGAGUGACUACCGAAAAAGAAGGAAGUCGGAACCUGCUGUAAGUCAUCAGAGGGCACACAGCGAUCAGAACGCAAACAGGCCUACCCUGGGCCGUACGGAUAUGCAAGGCCCAUAUUCCACCCUUAGGAAGCCUUUAACUAGCUCGUCUCCUUCGUCUCCAUCAAGAGCGAAAGGUGGGGAUAUUAGCAAAGUAUAUCCAUCCCUUUUAAGUUAUUCAGUGCACAACCACAACACCUCAAAUGAAUUAGAUUACUGUAGCACUUACAGACAACAUUUAGCUGUUCCAAACGAUUCAAGAAGGGCCAUCAGCUACAAGAAUGGCUGGCAAAUGACUCGUCAAAAUGCAGAAGUCUGGAGCAGCACAGAAGAAACUGCUUCUCCAAAGAGGAAAUCUCGUAGCUGUGAUGAUCUGUUAACAGAUGAUCGCGAUAGCUUUCCCGAUGCGCAGGCCAAGUCUGAAAGCAUGGGCUCUCUGUUGUGCGAGGAGGACUCCAAAGAAGUUUGCUCAAUGAACUGGGCCUCCCCAUAUGUUCCUGAGGGCCGUGGUAGUAGUAGGUCAAGAGUUCGUCACAGAUCUGCGCAUGAUGCCCCGGGUUUCCUAAAAAUGUACAAAAAGAUGCACCGCAUCAAUCGCAAGGACUUGAUGAAUUCUGAGGUGAUUUGUUCUGUGAAGUCCAGAAUACUGCAGUAUGAAAAAGAACAGCACAAAGGUAUUCUUCAAGGCUGGAGAGAGUCUUCUACUGAAGAGGUGCCACGAGACAUGGUACCAACCAGAAUAUCUGAAUUUGAAAAAUUAAUUCAGAAGUCGAAAUCAAUGCCGAACCUAGGCGAUGAAAUGUUGUCAACCGUUACACUAGAGCCUCCUAAAAACGGCUUAUGUCCAAAGAGGCGAUUUUCUAUCGAAUCCUUGCUGGAAGAAGAAACUCAAGGCAGACAUCCCUCUCAGGUACAACGGAGCUACAAGUCUAAAACCCUGGUGCCAAUUCAUAUCGAAGUGACCAGUGAUGAGCCACAACGAUCGCAUAUGGAUUUUUCAGACAGUGAUCAAGAUGGAAUGGUUUCUGACCUCAGUGACUUUAUCCAGAUAGAGGGUUCAUCCUUUUGUAGUGAAAGUGACUUUGACCACUUUUCCUUCACGUCAUCUGAAAGCUUUUAUGGAUCGGGCCAUCACCACCACCACCACCACCACCACCGGCAUCUCAUCAGCUCCUGCAAAGGGCGAUGCCCAGCCUCCUACACCCGCUUCACCACCAUGCUAAAACACGAAAGGGCUAAACAAGAAACCGCUGAAGAUCCGAGGAGACAGGACGCAGAAUCUGGCCUCUCUAAGAUAGCAUUCCUAGUCAGCCCAGUGCCUUUCCGGAGGAAAAAAAGUGCAGCUCCUAAAAAACAAACUGAAAAGAAAAAAUGCAAGUCGUCUGUAUUUGAAGCACUAGAUUCUGCACUUAAAGACAUCUGUGACCAAAUCAAAGCUGAAAAAAGAAGGGGAAGCUUGCCCGACAACAGUAUAUUACACAGACUUAUUACUGAGCUGCUUCCAGACAUUCCAGAAAGGAAUUCAUCUCUCAAAGCUCUGAAAAAGAGUCCCAUGCACCAGCCUUUUCAUCCACUGCCUCAAGAUGGUGCUAUCCAUUGCCCACUGUACCAGAAUGAUUGUGGAAGAUUACCUCUUAGUGCCUCUUUUCCAGACAUGGACGCAACUAACAACAAUGAUAGUGCACUGUGUUUCCAAGACCAGGAGUCUCCCGGAAGCUAUUCUUCUGCUUUCACUGAUGUGGGACGCUGUACUCCAAGGGAGAGAAGAGGAACUACGGACAAAGAGAAACUGCCAGCUAGAGCUGUAUAUGACUUUAAAGCUCAGACUUCUAAAGAGCUGUCCUUUAAGAAAGGAGAUACUGUCUAUAUCCUCAGGAAAAUCGAUCAAAACUGGUAUGAGGGUGAGCACCAUGGAAGAGUUGGAAUAUUCCCAAUUUCCUAUGUCGAGAAACUUUCUCCCCCAGAAAAAGCACAGCCUGCCAGGCCACCUCCCCCUGCACAGAUCGGAGAGAUUGGAGAAGCUCUUGCCAAAUAUAACUUCAGUGCAGACACAAAUGUGGAGUUAUCACUCAGAAAGGGAGACAGAGUAAUUCUUCUUAAGCGAGUUGAUCAAAACUGGUAUGAAGGUAAAAUACCAGGAACCAACAGACAAGGCAUCUUCCCUGUUUCCUAUGUAGAAGUCAUCAAAAAGAAUGCAUCAAAAAGUCUUGAUGACUACCCUGAUCCUCCGAUACCCCAAAGCUAUUCUAGUGACAGAAUACACCAUUUAAGUUCAACUAAGCCACAGCGCCCUGUGCUUGCUCAUGAAAACAUACACAGUGGGGGGGAACCGUUUCAGGCUCUAUAUAACUAUACUCCUAGGAACGAAGAUGAAUUGGAGCUCAGAGAGGGAGAUGUCAUUGAUGUGAUGGAAAAAUGUGAUGAUGGAUGGUUUGUGGGAACCUCAAGAAGAACCAAAUUCUUUGGUACUUUCCCUGGAAACUAUGUCAAGAGGCUGUGAAUUUUUAUUUUUUUUUCUACUUAUUUAUGCUGCAUCUCUGCAACACAUCUGCAUAAAGCUGCUAGAAAACACGCUCCGCUGGCCUUCCGUUUUCUUGCUUGCAGUCUCAAAUAGAGGCCAUCUAGUCCAUCCUCAUCCCAUCCCAUCCGCCCAACCGUCCCAGCAGUAGUACAGCAGCGACCACGGUGUGAAUAACUAAGCUUUUCUGAACCAAGAGGAGUCGUUUCAACAGUUAAAUAUUCCCUGCUUUAAAGUCUUUCCAUAGGCAAAUAUGAAGGAUAUAGGAAAA